GUCCCAGCACCUCUCUUUUUAGAAAUUAAAAAUUGCCCUCACCUCCUUUGACAGCACAAUGCAUAUUUAGAGGAACCAGUCCUUUCCCAUAAAAAAUAUACCUCCAGUCCCACCCCGGAUCUCUUCUAACAGCUCAAUUUAAGACAAGAUUUUCUGCCCCUUCAUUCUUCCCCCUCUCCAAGGGGAUUGCCUUGUGCCAGAACUCACUCAAAGAUCUGCCUUGAGUAGUAGGAGUGAACCCCCAAAGCCCCUCUUCUUCUUCCGCAAGAAGUCUACCACAGAUUUUCCAACCCCCUUCUUCCAGGCUGGCCCCUCUUUUCCCUACUGAAUCAUAAACAUGAGCCCUACUUAGAUGUUAUGUUCAACACAUAUACAACCUGUGUACAGUGUCUGCACAUAUAGAUCUGUAUGCACAUAGAGUACCUAUGUACCGCAUCCCAAGAACUCGCCUGCAAGCCCUGCCCUUGCGCUGAUGCACUCAGAAUCCUCACCCUGCCAAGACAAACACGGAUUCCCUGGAAAUAUACUGCACAGAAAGUGGAAGUUGAGGCAGAAGGAAAAUUCCCCUUGGACUGAAAAAAACGUCCUGAGUAGUGAAGAAGAAGAAGAAGAAGAAGAAGAAGAAGAAGAAGAAGAAGAAGAAGAAGAAGAAGAGUAUGCAAAAUGUAUGGAGGAGAAGUCAAGCACUGGGAAGUGAAGAGGACAAUUUGAGGAAUGGUGUCAUUUCACCUUCCCAGGUGUGGCAAGGGUGCUGAGUGGGCAGCCAUACUGCAUUUGAGAUCUGGCCCACCAUCUAUCGCCUGAAGGGGCCUGCUUCCCCUUGACAACCCGGCAUGAACGGUAUAAGGAAUUCAUGGCUUGAUGCAAACCACUGCCAUUCAACCUCAGUACCUCAUCUGCAAUAUGGGGAUAAAAACAGUUAUUUUACAAGGCUGCUGUAAGGAUUGCAACAAGAACACACAUGCAGAGUGCUCUGAACACUUGAAAAUGCUAUUCAAAUGCAAAAUAGUACUACUAUUACCGGUAUACACUGUUUGUAUAUUUGAGAUAUAUGUCCUUUCGCAUUUCAAAUCCAAGAUGCAAUAGUUAAAUGGGGUGGGCUUUGAGGCCAUCUGAUGAUAGAUAAUGAAGAAGGAUUGGUGCUAAUUACUAUAAUUAUUAUCACUUUAUAAUUAGGAGGGAGAGUGAAAGUGUGGGGGUUAUAAAGUAUUUCAAUACAUAGUGUAUUAUUAAUAAAUAUUAAUAUGAGUUAGAAAAUUUCCAUAGAAACUUUUCAGACUUUAAUGUUAAAAAAAAAAAGAGUUUCAAAACAAGUUAGUCUUGUUUUCAAAGAAAAAGCACAACAUUAAAAAACCCCACCAAUGGCUGCCAGGAUGAGGAAA